GAUAUCUCAACGUGCUCUCAAAUAACCGCUGGCGUGAGCGCUGGUGCAGAGUGAAAGAUAAUAAACUCAUUUUCCACAAGGACAGGACAGAUCUGAAGACGCACAUUGUUUCUAUCCCCCUCCGUGGCUGCGAAGUCAUCCUGGGACUGGAUUCGAAGCAUCCUCUGACCUUCCGCCUUCUCCGAAAUGGGCAGGAGGUUGCUGUGCUCGAGGCAUCCUCCUCCGAAGACAUGGGCAGAUGGAUAGGAAUUUUGCUGGCGGAAACGGGGUCGUCGACAGACCCUGGAGCUCUGCACUAUGACUACAUUGACGUGGAAAUGACUGCAAGCGUCAUUCAGGCUGCCAAACAGACCUUCUGUUUCAUGAACAGAAGAGUUAUAUCUACAAAUCCGUAUCGGGGAAGCACUGCCAAUGGCUACGCCUGUCCGAGUGGAAUGGCACUUCAUUACGAUGAUGUUCCCUGCAUAAAUGGAUCGUGGGAACCAGAAGAUGGCUUUCCUUCUUCUCGUAGCAGGAACAUUGGAGAAGAAAUGCUUUAUGAUAAUGCAGGCCUGUACGAUAACUUGCCGUCUCCAAAAAUCUUUGCACGCUAUCCACCAGCUGACAGAAAACCCAAUAGGUUAUCUACUGACAAACUCUCCUCUAACCAUUACAAAUACCCUGUCUUAUCCAAUCUAUCUUCUGCUCAGUCUGUCACUAAUACCUCUGCUGUGGGGAGGGGAUCUGGCUCACAGUUUAAAGGCAAGAAGCCUCCUGCGACUGCUAAUGGGAUCACUGGUAAAGGGAGAACUUUAAAUAGCCAGCCGAAGAAAUCUGAAUCAGUGUCAUGUGUAAAGCGCACUGCAUCCAAUGCGGAGCAGUACAAAUAUGGCAAGAAUCGUGUGGAGGCAGAUGCGAAGAGGUUACAAAGCAAAGAGGAGGAGCUGCUAAAGAGGAAAGAGGCACUCCGGAACAGGCUGGCCCAGCUCCGAAAAGAAAGAAAAGAUCUACGUGCUGCCAUUGAAGUCAAUGCUGGCAGGAAGACCCAAGUGAUUCUUGAAGACAAGUUGAAGAAGUUGGAAGAGGAGUGUAAACAGAAGGAGGCUGAACGUGUAAACCUGGAGCUAGAACUGACUGAGGUGAAGGAGAGCCUUAAGAAAGCCUUGGCUGGUGGCAUCACACUGGGCUUGGCUAUUGAGCCCAAGUCGGGAACAUCAAGCCCACAGUCUCCAAUUUUCAAGCACCGAACUUUGGAAAACUCCCCCAUCUCCAGUUGUGAUACCAGUGAUACUGAAUGCUCAAUACCUGUGAACAGUGCAGCAGCUCUAAAGCGCCCUCCCUCCUCAAAUAAUUCUCCGUGUCGAGGCCAUGUCCUUCGAAAAGCAAAGGAAUGGGAGAUGAAAAAUGGAACAUAA